AUGGACUGGAGCCAGAGUGAGGCUCAAGAACUACCCAACACUUCCAUCGUUCCCGAGAUGGCCGGUGACUGGACACCUGCCUCACAUGAACUGGCCGAUACCUACAUCUCCGAAAUGGUCGGCACGGAAUGUCCCAUUGAGCUCGGCGACGGCAUGCCAAAUUGGGAAGACAACUUCUACGCCGAGAACUUCGACGAAUGGCACCUCCCCGAGCUCCCUGUGGUGAGCAAAGGAGAAUCGUCUCCUAAACUCUUUCUCGAUACAUCUGUCGCCCAGGCUACACCUUCGUUGAACUGGACCAACACACCUCUCUCAGCAGCAAUCAUAUCGCCUAUGAGUGCUGUCUUGCAAUGCGAUUCGACGAGAAGUGCAGUUGAGAUUUCGCCCACGGACAGCGAAGCGAGUGGCAACUCGUUCUUUACCGAUUCAGGAUAUUCGAGCGCGACAACACUUUCGGCUUCCUAUUCACCUAGUAGCUUUCAAAGGUUUCCAAGCUUGGUUAGUGUUACUGAUAGGAAGGAGAAGAAGCGGGAGACGGGCUUUGAAGUGGUUUCGGAGGAGUGGAUCAACGAUACUGUUUGCUCGGUUGCCCUACCGGUUCCAGAUGUGGCUGCUCUGCCCCCACCGCAUCUGGAACCAAUAUUUGAGGAUCCUCCUAAGAUUAUGCAUCCUGCUGGCAGAUGUACGGAAUAUCCGAACACAAAAUUCGCAUCACCACACUGGCACGACCCUACAAGCCUGGUACAAUCCUUUUUAGAUGUCUUAGAUUCGCACAUCAAGCACACCGAACACGCCCUGCAGGGCCUUCCUCUGACAACCACGACCGAGGAGCUGAUGUCCAUGUCGCGAACAUCAAUGGCCUCAGUCGGGCUUGAAGUCUUGGCCGGUAUACUGGCAGGUAGGCAUCCGACAGCCACUGUUCAGGUUUUCGCAUUCACGCAUGUGGCAUGUGCACUAGCGAUUGCAAUUGACGAUAGCGAGGCAAAAAUCCAUACUCAGCGGUGGUUCCAAGAUUCGUUGAAUUGGGCCAGUGGACUGCAAGGAGAGAAACAGAAGAGAGGGUACGAGGUGAUUGCAAAAGCUAUCUGGGAGCCUCUCGAGCUUCUCGGCCCAAACAGCUCUUUGGAUUUAGUUUCAGACAGUGGAGAGAAUUGUCUUCUUGCUAGCUGCAAGCACUUUCUGGAUCUAUUCGAGUCCCUCGACUCGCCCAAAUCACCGAUCUAUGUUCCCAGCUCUUCUCCGACCUUUGACUUCGCGCAAUCAUCUUUCAAGCAGAGAGCCAAGACGCACAUCAUCGAAGAACUGAUCCGCAAACCCAGGAUCGAAGCGUUCAUCGAAGACGUCGUUAGAGUCGAAGCCCGCCUGUCACAAGGGCUGAUAUCUAAUAUCCGACAACUAGAACUAGAGCUCAUCUGCGCGGGAAAACUCGCGUCGCAGUCUGAUCGUGCGUAUGCAAGAUUCUUGGAGCAUGUGACGGCACUCUGUGAUGUGCUCUAUAGGGAGGAGCCAAGUGGGGUGGCGAGGACGAAGUGCCAGUUAUGGAGUGCCAGGAGGAUUAUGGUGCUGAUGCUUCAAGAGGUGUGUGGCGUCGCGUCCGAACACGGAUGGAAGGGAAGCUCGGGAUUCCACGAGUUGUCGGAUGAUGAUGAGGAUCUGCUGCCGCCAUUUUUGGAUAUGGAUUUCCGAUCUUACCGGGGACGGAAAACUGAUCUGGAAUUCGACACGCCGAAUAGGAUGGCGGCGUUGAAUGCCAAUGCGGACGAUUUGCUACUUCUGAGAAACGAUCAUUACGCCGCGAUUCAACACCACCACUACGCGCCCGCCGGCGAACACAAGUGGAAAGCCUCCAACCUCCGGCGCCACCAGCGCAUCCAGCACCCUAACACCGUCGGCGAGAGCAAGGUGUACGUGUGCCGCUGGCGGGGCUGCCAGAGCCGCUUCACGCGCAGCGAUAAUCUCAGAUGCCAUGUGAGGGACAAGGGGCACUUUGAAGGAGUCGGGGAAGCGAGCGGGGGGAAGAGGAUGAGACGGGCGAAAGCGGGGUGA